AUGGUUAACUUCACUAUUCUUGCCGGAGGCUACAGCGCCUUCAUUAUGACAUACAUCUUUGACUCGGACAACAAUGCUCUGAGUCUUGCUGGACAGUCUGAGACGGGCGGGAACCCGUCGUGGAUAUCUCUCCACCCGACAAAUAGCAGUAUCCUUUAUGCUGUUAACGAGAAUUCGCCUGGUGCUUUGCAAUCUUUUGUAAUAGAUAGUGAAGGAACUUUGAGCCCACAAGUUUCAACGGUCGCAUCUGGUGGAGAUUCUCCAGCAUUUACAGUGCCUCUCAGCACUGGUCAGGUCGCAAUCAUGAAUUAUAAUACAGGAAAUGGCAUGAUUAUUCCGACCACGUCCGAUCCACUGCAUUUCGACACCUCGUCAGCAGGCUUGAUUGCUUUCCCGGCCCCUGUAUCUCACCCACAUAUGGCCGUCGAGCACGGCGACGAGGUGCUCGUCCCGGACCUUGGCGCGGACAAGAUUUGGCGUCUCGUCAAGCAAUCUCCGGAUACUCCGGGACAGUGGAAGAUCCAAGGUCUCAUCGAACAACCGUCAGGUUCCGGGCCGCGUCAUAUCGCGCUUGCAGAUGGCUACCUCUACACGCUGCACGAGCUAGCCAGCACCUUAACCACGCAGCUUCUUCCUGCAGAACCAAACAGCACUUCGACGCUUAUUAACAACGUUUCUAUCGUUCCUCCGAACCCACCGGCAGGCGCUGCUUUUGCUGCAGGCGAGAUUCUCAUCCCGACCGUCUCGGAUACAUUCAAUGGAUCGUUCGUCUACACGUCGAAUCGUAACACGGGUACUCAGGACUCGCGAGGUGAUGCAAUUACAAUCUUCAAGCGUGAUCCAUUUGGUACAGUCGAUCUCGCAGGAUACGUAUUUACGGGACUUGACCAGAUUCGUGGAAUGGAAUUCUUUGGUGAUGAUGAUCGCUUCUUGGUCGCGAGCGGUGUUGCAGGCUCGGCGGGAGUACUUGUAUUUGAACGCACGGGUGACGGUGGGAACCUGACGUUGCUGGCAUCAAACACAGAGAUCCCGAACCGGACGUCGUUUGUGAUUCUCCCGGAUUAA